AUGGCACCAUUUGAGGAUUUGUAUGGAUGUCGUUGUCCUAGCCCGGUGUAUUGGGACGAUUUCAAUGAAGCGAUGACUUUGGGACCCAAAUUGCUAUUCCAAAUGACUGAGAAGGCGAAGUUGAUAAAGGAUCGUAUGAAAGCAGCACAAGACCGUCAGAAGUCUUAUGCUGACUUGAAGCGUCGUCCAGAAGAGUUUGCAGUGGGAGAUCGUGUGUUGCUUCGCGUAUCGCCCAUGCGCGGAGUAGUACGCUUUAGUGCUCUUGGAAAGUUGAGCCCCCGAUUCAUUGGUCCGUAUGAAAUUUUGGAACGUGUACAUGAUGUAUCUCAUGUGUCUCAAUUAAAGCGAUAUUAUACCGCAACCUCUCAUAUCUUAAAUCCCGAACCUUUAGAGUUGGAUGCAUCCUUAUCUUAUUCUGAGGAACAGGUUCGAAUUUUUGAUAUGAAGGUCCGUAGUAAACGACAGAAGGAUAUACCUAUGGUUAAGAUCCUGUGGUCAAAUCACGAGCACAAGGCGGCUACAUGGGAAACCGAAGCCUCUAUACGCGAGAAGUUCCCUCACCUUUUUCAGCAAGUGUGUUCCGCGUUUCUUGUUGUCAUGCAAGUUACGAGGGCGUAA